AUCUCAAGAAAUCUGACAAAUUUAAAAUGGCAAUCGAUAUGGAGAACGUGAGUUAAAAACAGACUCAAAAGCUACAAAGUCAUUGAAGUAGGAAGUAAGGAAAAGUAGACGGAAAUAUGAAGUAUUAGAAAUAUUUGAAGUGUGGACACGUAACAGCAUAUCAAUCAGCUUUCUUGGAUAUAAGCGCCAACUUUCGUUACUGUGUGUGGUGUGUAGUUAUAUUGCCUUAUCGGCAAAAACCAUUUCCUGUGUCAGUUUCAGUUAAGUUCAGUCAAUAUAUUAAAAAUUCUACUACAUAAAAUUAUAAAAAUUACAGAGGCUCGAUAUUCAAUGCAAUAAUAUUAAACUUAUUAAAGUAAUUUUUUUAAAGGGCUCUUGCUGGCUAGGCCAAGGUCAAGGAGAGGUGCUCUUUGUUUUAAGAUUUCUGAUAUUAUUGGCUUAUCCAUUCAGAGUUUUGAUAAGGUUUACCUGUAGUUGGUGACGAAGGUUUUGAAGUUCAGAUGAAUGUUUAUGUUCAUGUCUAUAACCUAUUAAGGCCUGCAAUUAUAUUCAAAGGAGAAAAGUUUUGUAAUUUUGACAAAAGGCUAUAUAGUGAAAUUUAUAUAGUCAUUGGCAUGUUUUUCCAGCAUUUGGCUCCAAGUCCUGAGACAAUAUUGUGAGAUAUUUGCCAGCCAGAGAAACUAGUUUUAUUGGUAGCCUGACAAGGUUGUCAAGGUACACAAGGUUGAAGCAACUUCCUAAGGAAAAAUCACACAGAAAAAAUCUUCAAAGCAGAAAUGAUUUUGUUGGAUUGAUAAGCAACAUUUUGAAAAAACUGUAGAAUCCUAUAGAACAAAAUUGAAAUCAAGAAUGGCUGAAAGAUCUCUUUAUGAACAGCCAGAAGAUAUUUUUGAGGUUGAAAGAAUUCUAGAUGCUAGAAGCCAGGACAACUAUUUAUAUUAUUUGGUUCACUGGAAAGGGUACACCUCUGCAGAUGAUACUUGGGAACCAAGCGAAAACUUAUUAACAUGUCAAGAGCUUGUAGAUAAUUAUUGGAAGGAGCGGGAUGAGAGAAGUGAACAUAGGAAAGCAUUGAGAAAGGAGAGAAAGCGACAGUUGGCUGAGGCAAAAGAGACUAAAGAAAAGGUGGCCUCUCAAAGUGAACAAUGGUUGCAGAAUAGAUCAAGUGAAAGACCACCAUUACUUGGUGCAACCAGACAUGAUAUGGUAGACAAUUCGCAACCUUCAUCCUCACAGAAAUCUACACAGUUACAAUCAUCAAUAGAGGCACGAAAAAACACAAAGCCACAAGCUGAUGCAUGGUCUAUCAAGUCAUUAGGGCACUCAAAUAAGAGUGAGACCAGUGGUGGUAUGCAGGUUAAAACAGAAUUCAUUAUUGGUGAUUCAGAUAACGAUGAUGUAGCAAAGGGUAGAGCUAAAGAUGACACAUCUGUUUUUUCAACAUUUCCUUCAUCGAGUAGCUCUGAAAGUGAAGAGGACGAAAAAGAUAGGAGAGCACGUCAGCUCAUUGCAAAAUGGCAAGAGAUGCGACUUAAUUCCAAAGGUAAGUCUCCUGGAAGUAAAAAUAAAUAUACGCCAAGUCCUAAAGAUAAGUUGAAAAGAGGGAAGACACCUCAAAGGCAUUAUGGCCUUGAAAAUUCUGCCAAGGAAUCAUUGGCAAGGAGAGGUGGUAAGCUGUCUGAUGUUAUGGCCAAAGUAAGCCACAAAGAAGCAGAGAGCAAGCCUGUCGUUGACGGCACCAAUGUUCAUGGUCAGAGUAAAUUUCUUCUACCAGAAAAGCAUCGGCCUGCAUCUUUCAAUACAAUCUCUAAUAUCUUACAAGAAGAUAUUAGGGAGUGGGAUGAGAAGCUUAGGCUAACUCCAGAGAAAGUUAAGGACACUACGAAGGGGAUUUCUCCCGCCAAAAGGUCUGUCGAAAGUUCACCGCUUACCAGCCUCGAAGUGACGUCAUCAAAGCCAGUUCUUAAGCCAGUUAGCAAUCCUUUUGCAAAGGUAAAUUUGUAUCCUAGAAUGGACCAAGUGGGUACAAGCAGUCCCAAGAAAGAAUUAAAUGCUCAAGAUAGCACUUUGCAGAAGAAAGGAGGAGUAACAUUAGAUCAAGAACCACGUCAAAAUCAUAAGGGAGUCGAGGCAGAAAAAAGGUUAUUGUCGGCAUCAAAUCUAGAGCCGGUUUUGUCUGAUCAUGAUCAGGGGGGAACGAAACAGGAUCAAGUCGGACUGAAAGAAACUCAGGUUGAUCCAAAAAAAGAUCAGGUUGGACCGAAAAAAGAUAUUAUAACUUCUGGUCGGACUUUAUUUGUUGAUUCAGAUCUUUUGAAAGAAAAUCAGGUUGGUUCGAAACAAAAUCAGAUUGAACCGAAAAAAGAUAGUAUACCUUCUGGUCAGAAUUUAUUCGUUGAAUCAGAUCUUAUGAAGCGAAUUAAGAACCUGGACGUUAAUAUAAAACAAAUGAAAACCGAGAGCAAAGCAUUUGCUCCCAAAAGUAAACCGGAGCCAAGUAAUCUGAAUGCUCAAAGUAAAAAAACAGCUCCGGAUGAAACAAUUGAGAAAUCUGACUUGAAAUUGAAUGAAACUUUUACAAAACAGGAUAUGAAAGAUGGUGAAAAUAAAGAAAGUGAUAAUUCAGCAACUGCUAGUAAUGAAAAAGAACAGAAACGAGAAAAUAAAGAAUCCGGUAUCACCAGUAGUAUCGUGGAUGCAAGCAGUUCUACGGUUACGUCUUCAAUAGAAAAAAAAGAGCAGAAAAAUAGGAUGAACCUUUCGCUUGAUAAAUUGAAUCUUGACUUGGGAAAAAUUAAGGUUAUCUUUGAAGCAAAAUUUGGAAGAGAAGAAAAACCUCGAAGCAAAGUACACGCUGCAGCAUCGGACAGUGAUAGUUCUGAGCAUACAUCUACUGGAAAAGUUGACAAUCUUAGAGAUGAGAAAGCACCUUUUUAUAAAGAAGAACACCUUAAAACUGAAACGAAUCAAAGCCUAGUAGAAGAUGAGAAAAGUUGUGGUGAGUCGCAAGGCGAGGACAUGGGGGAAAGGUUUAAUGGAAACACUGAUUUGACAAAUCCGGGUGGAAUUCCUGCAAAUGCUGAAGACAGGAAUCGAGGUAUUGCCGAUGCUGCGACAAACAAUAAACCCGAAGCUGCGCCUACAAAUAUAAGUGAAAAUGUUGACCUUAAUAAUGAUGUUGCUGGAAAAGGAACUUCCCCUCUAGAUGGUAUUGCUGAUAAGAAGCCACAGUUGCCCAAGGAACAAAAAGAGGAAGAAGCACGCAUGUGUGUAGAUUCAAAGGAAAGCAAAACAGAUAAGAAUAAGCAGCAGUCACAAAACGAAACUGGUGAGAAAAACAAAACUAAUGAUUACGAAAAUUCAGGGAAAGGUGGUAAAAGAAACAGUAGUUUAACAGUGAAUAAAGAGAAGUCUUUACGCCCUGAGAAGAAAGGUGAAGUUAAGGGAACGAUGACGAAGGUAAAGAGUCCAUCUAUGAAUGAGGGAAAUUUGUUUGAAUUUACAAAAGUUAAGUCAGUUGCAUCAAAUGAGCAAAGUAUAAAACCGAAAAUUGGAUCUAAAAAAGGAAUAGAUGACGCUGAUCAAAAGAAGAAGGUUUCAAUUGAUCCGUCUAAAAAGGCGAGAUAUGCGUACCAAAAGCAGCCUAAUAAAGAAGCGUUUGUUCCAACUAAGGAUGAUAUUCUUGGUGGUAUCCUCGGACGUAGUGAAAUGAUGAAGUCAAUUGAUGACAAAAGUGACAAAAGAGAGGAGGCCAAAGAAAAUCUGGAACAGAAAAAGGCAAUCGAAAAUGAAAACACAAAGAAAUUGGGUGAAGCAAACGAUAUCUUUGAUUUUGAUGAAUUCCAUGUUGAUGAGCGAGGACUGUUUCCAAGUGACAAUGACGAUGACAAUGAAUUUUUCCAGUCAAUCUCUGCUAAUGACGUUUAUCCUGUUCAGACGAGCCAAGACACUUUUGUGAAAGCUGUACGUGCCGGUGACUGGGAGCAAAUUCUCGGUGCUGUAGCUUGGGGAAUGGAUGCUGAUUACUGGGAUAUAGAAACCAAAGGAACACUAUUGUGGAAAGCCAUCGAAAGUGACGAAUACGAUGUAGCUACAAAAUUGCUUGCUCUUGGAGCCAGUGUUAACUACAAGGCAGAGAAUGGAAAAACGGCGCUGAUGUUAGCCGUUGAACAUGGAAAAGCUGGCUUUGUAAUCAUACUUUUGAGAGCAGGAGCCAAUAUCAACGCUCAACAGCACAAUGAAGAAACUGCGCUUAUUUUGGCCUGUCGGAAAGGACAUGAAGACAUAAUAAGCAUUUUGUUAAGCUAUGGUGCUGAUGCAAAAUUGAUUCCGAAGUCGAACCCAAAAGACGUUUAUGAAUUUUCUCCGGACUAUAAACAUAUUUCGAUAAAGAAAAUGAUUGAAAAAUAUAACCGGCUGUUGGUGAGCACCGCAGAGACUAUGCUGAAACUAACUUUGGAGACAAAUGGUGCACAACUGCACCCACACCAAUUGUGUAGAAUUAUUUCACCUGGAGAAAAAACCAUCACAGAGCUGUAUUUUAACUGCCAACAGAAUGCUGGAGAAAAAGGGAUAACAGUGAUACUGCUAUGUGCUUGUGCUCAGUUCACUCAGUCCGGACAUAUAUUUUUGCACAUGGAUCGCCAGAAGGAUAAUGGAGUUGAAACUGUGAUACUGAAUAAAGAACACCAAAUUCCUGUUGUAGAGGGCAACCGCUCAAUGUAUUUCCUUUUCCCAAAAGUUGGGCAACUAAACUCUCUCACACUGAGAACACACAGAUCUGGAUACAAACUACUUGUAUUUGUAUGUGCAGUGGAAUGCAGUGAACCAUGGAUAGAUAAGAAGUUGGACUCAUUUUAUAAAGAAUAUGGACGUACUAAUAAAUUGAUCUGUUAA